AUGGCACAUUUUUUUGAAUCCUCAAGUGAAUUAGGUCAUGGUAAGGACGAUACAUACUCGAAACAACAGAAAAACAAGGGUGAGAAUCUCGAAGAUUCAUUCCAAACAAUCGCGGUUCAAGUACUUACAAGAAUGCAUUUGACUGUGUUGUGCACAAACUGGGAAAAAUGGAAAGUGGCACUUCAUCACAUGCUCAGCAGUUGGAAAGACAAUAAAGGUGACUGGACUGUACAACAUCAGGGAUUCAAGUUGAUUUUGGUUUGGCUUGGUGUCACUGUGAAAGAUGUAUCUCAUGGAUCUUUCAAGGUGGCGCUCGCAAUGAGGAUUACAACUAACAAACGCAUUUCUCUGAUAUUGGCAUGCUGCAGUAGAUUCUUGAUGUUUAUUUUUAUGUCACAUUUUACAAAUAAAGAUUUGUUUUUCUGGAUAUUUAUGUUUGGAAUAGGUCGAUUCAGUCUCGGCUUUUGUGUAAAGUCAUGCCUCAGUUAUAGCAAAAAAGAGUAUGAAACUAGAAAUUUCUCUUUCAGCAAGCUAGGGCCCCAAAUAGAUAUCGAUAUACCGCUACGUACACCUACAACUCAUAGAGGGAGAGAUAAAUCUUGUUCCUUGUCCAAGGAGAAAUCAUCUAUAUCUUUUUCCGGGGAUAGUGCAUCUGUAAUCUCCUAUGGGUCCUCUUCCGAGGAGACUACGUCUGUAAUAUAUCAUGAUUUGUUUUCAUCCUCUUCCGAGGAAAGUAUGGCGCAUAAAGCUCAUAAUUCUGAACCCAAUCCAGCUUUCGACCUUAUGCUUGUGGACAUGAUUGCCACGGUCAAGUCCAAGAGACUUGUCUGUGUCAAGAAAAGCAUGCAUCACGCUGAAUUCACUGAUGGCUACGCCUGCGUCAGUUAUCGUUGGGGUGAAUGCGAUGAACAAAUUGCUCUCACGCCAGACUACAAUGCGCAUGUGACCAGUUUUGCCAUUUCAGAUUUGAUUCUCUUGUGUGGACAACUGCUGCUUUGGCAUGGUGAUAGGGACGACGAAAUCCAUGAUGAUGUUGAUUCAGGUAAUAAUAGUAACAAUGCUGCUGUUGCUGAUGAUGAUGAUGGCUUCUCUGAGAGUGUGGUUAAGUAUCUAUGGGUGGACGCCAUCUCAGUCGAUCAAUUGGACCACAACAAGAAAAAAACUAUUCAUCGUAUGUCCGAAAUUUUCGCACGAGCUGAGGUGAUUGUUGCCGUUCCUGAUUUGCAUAUCAGCUAUCUCUUACAAAGCAUGAAUAAUUAUGAAUGUAUGGAUGCAGUUUCCAAGUAUGUAAAGAGAAUGUAUGUUCAUUUGUCCAUGCAAUGUGGAAUGAAAAAAACGGAUGAUGAUAUUCAGGAACAAAAAGAAAGUCAAGAUGACAAGGAAAAAAUGGAUAAUGAUGUUCAGGAACGGAAGGAAAGUCAAGAUGGUUCAGAAAAAGGUAGCAGAUUUAGACGGCUCAUUUCGAAUAUGAUACGUAAAUAUAAGUUAAAUUCUCGGAGGGGUUAUCAAGAAGGAAAUAAAAACAAAGUGACAACUGAAAAAGGACAUCUACAAAUCAAAUCCGACAAUGAAAAUUCAGGGGUCACCAAGAUGGGUGAUGCUGCAGUUGGCAAUGAUGAAAACGAUGAUUUUAUCGAAAACUGCGAAAUGUGCCCUUGCCUAGUGGGGCUGACGGAAACUGAGAAAGACAAUUUCGCUCGUGGAUUACGGUACCUGCUGCAUGUCGUGAUGGAUUGGGCGAAUCGUACUUGGGUGAUCAGUGAAUGCAGCAUUGGAAGAAGAACGAAGAUGAAGUUGUGGUUCCUCUCGUUUUGUUAUGAAAAUAUCCAUCAUCAAAGCCGACCUAAAACACUCUUGGAUUUCUUUAAUGAACGUCGACCUACCAUCUUUGAUCAACCUUUGAAAGAAAGAUCUUUUUUAGAUAUGAUGCUAAAUUCAAGGGCAACACGAAAUGAAGAUCGAUUCUAUGCCAUCCUCCCCCUGUACAAGGAAUUUAAACAUUAUGCUGAUAAUCAUGAGAUUUCCACGUGGGGGAUCACCGACAUGCUCUCUGUCCGACUCCAGCUUCUUCGCAUUGUCAAGUUUCAGGAGAAACUAGCCCUGUUGUUAUUAUGUACGAAAUCAACCUUUGUUUCUGAUAUUAUUCUUCCUUCUUUUGCUUCUUGUCUUUCAAGCUCGGAUGCGGUGUUACUAAGAUGGGCUACUGAACUUUCCUACAAACCGUCGUUAUUGGAGGGUAUUGAAUUGCACAAAGAUGAGGAUGCUAAUCGUGAUUAUCUUCGCAUCACUGUGCCUUGGUCAAGAACAUUUACAGAUCCAAUUCUUCCUCACGAUAUGGAACUGAGUGAAUAUGCUCGUAGAGAAUUGGGAUUGGAUCUCUCUGAAUUGGAGGCCGUUUUCAUGCCUAUUACUGUUCAUGAUGAAAAAACAAAUCAUACCAUGGGUGUCAAGCUGUUAGGAGAUCGUCAAAAAAAUAUAUGGAUCAUGCUCAAUCGGAUGACGGAUUUAGUGGAUGUCCCUUCUUCUUCUUCAUCGUCUUCUGGCAACGGUUCUGCCGGUGAGCACCAUGGACUUCGCAAGUUUCGCUCAGUGGAUACUUUGUGGUCAAAUAAACAUGAAGAUAAUCAGGUAUUUCAUCUAUAUUAG